UACUAGCAUGGUACACCUAAGCCUAUAUCCCUUUCAGGGAUUAGCUACUGGUUUAAGCCACGAAUCUGCUGUUGUGUUGCCUUUCUGCAUGUUAGCUGAUGUUAGCUAUUUUAGUUACCCCCUAAACAUUGGGACUGUUGUAGCUAUAUCCACAUACAAAUAAUGAUACCAAUGCACAAAUACAGCAUCGUCUGUUUUAUAUUCGUAUUCUCGUUAUUGCACUUGCAGUCAGAAAUUGAGUGCGAUCAGCCUACAGUAAUUAUGACGAGGAUGGGAAACUUUACAUCAACUUCCUCUGGUGGUUUAUCAAGCACGGCUUCUACUCAGUUCGUACAGGAUGUGAUCGCUCACAACUGUGUUGUGAUAUUCUCGAAGACCACUUGUCCUUAUUGUAAGAUGGCAAAGAAUGUGUUCAAUGAAAUAGGUGCAACAUAUAAAGUCAUUGAAUUGGAUAAACAUAAUGAUGGGAGGCGGCUUCAAGAGGCACUUGCACAAAUAACAGGUGCCCGAACGGUGCCGAGAGUGUUUAUCAAUGGGAACUGCAUUGGAGGAGGCUCUGAUACCAAGGAACUUCAUCAGCAGGGAAAACUUUUACCCCUGAUUGAGCAAUGUUCCCCAUGCUGUUUAGAUAGUCAGAUUGAGGGCUCUGGGAGUGGUCAAUUUGAAUCUAACAAACUUUAAAUAAAGUUUUAGAUUAAUGGUUUAAGUGUAUUUCUUAAACCAGUGUUUCAGUUAAGUAGACAUUAUUUACUUAAAAGACUGAUUCCCAUGUAUUGUACUUGUCAGUAUUUUACAGUGGUUUAUUAGAAAAUGGGAAAAUGCUCAUUUCCCCACCUUUUUGCAAACUGUAGAGUACUGAACACAUUUGCAAAUUUGGAAGUACAUAAAGAGGAAUCUUCUUACGGGAUACUGUGAAACAAAAUAGUGAAGGUGGAUAAGUGUAUUGUAAAGCUUAAUCCCCCAACCAUAUGUGGCAACUUGUUUGUACAACAAGUUUUUUUGUCUGUGUCAUGUGCGAACAGCACUCCUUUUGUCAUCUGCAACACACAAUGAACAUGUACGAUUGUAAAACACUGCUUUGAUGCUGGCAUGAAUAAAGAAAUACUGUGGUAUUUUUCCAGUAAUCAAACACUCUCCUGUAACAUGUUCAUUUUGUUGUUUAACAUGUUCAUACCCAUGAAAACCAUGAUAAAAUUAUAAAAUGUA